UGUUGUAGCAACCGUCUAAAGGCUCAACCGCGUGGAAAUUUCAUCUGCAGUUGGUUGUGUUUUAGUAAUAGUAGCUAAAUUUAAACUGAAGCCGCGAUAUGUUCUCUAAAAUAUAUUUUUCUGCGUGUUUUCACCUUCGUCUUGGAUAAAGUUAGCUUAUUUGUGAAACUGCAGCUAAGAUGCUAAGGUAGCAAAUCACGCUAACCUAAACAUUGUUUCAGUCCGUAGAUAACGUUGCAUCUGUCCGUGCUUUGUUUUUAGUAAACUAGUUUUCUGAUGAAAUAAAUAGUUGGUCAGUAUGUCGGCUGUAAACAACCUCGUCCCUGCUCGGUUCUUGACUAUCACAGCUCACCUUGUCAUCGUGAUCACGAUCUUUUGGUCGAGGGAGAACAACAUAAAGGCUUGCUUGCCUUUGGAUUUCACUCAAGAGCAGUAUGAAGAUGAGGACAGGAAGUUGGUGGUGGCUCUUGCAGUCACACUCGGUCUAUUUGCUAUAGAGUUGGCCGGAUUCUUCUCUGGAGUGUCCAUGUUCAACUGCAGCCAAGGUCUCCUGUGUAUCCUUUAG